AUGGAUAAAUACAAGCGCAAAAUAGAAGGAAUGAAAAGUAUGAGCGAACAGCAUCUAAAAGAAAAUGCAUUUAAAGAUUUGGAAGAACUGACUGAUCAGUUAUCAGAGUUGAUGAGUUCAGGAAGAACUUCCAUGUCCCUGGAAAAUGAUUCCAUGAAAAUGUUUCCUUCAAAAAGAAUAAGAGAAGAAAAGGCGCAAGUGGGAGAGAUCAACAAUGAAAAAGAAGAGAUUUCAUCGACGGAUUCAUCAUCAGAUCGAGACUAUGCUUCUGAUUAUUCAACUAUGCAAGAAAGAAACAGAACAAAUGAUAUGAACUUAAGACAAGAUGGCCAGUGGCUAGCAGAAAAUACUAACGAUGAUCAAGGAUUUGUUUCGAAAGAAUUGACAUACUCUGAAGAAGAAACGAAAGAGUCUGACAAACCUUUACCAAUACCUCGGCGAACCGUUAUAGCAAAAACGAUGGCAUCCAUUUUUUCAACAAGCAGCAAUAAAGGUAUUGCAGAAAAAUCGGAAACUUUGGAAAAAAAAAAGCAACGCGAUAAACUAAAUGUCGCAGAUAUGGCUGCACCAACAGGAACUUUAAACAUUGGACAUAAUAUCGAAACUAAGAUUCUUGAAGAAUCUAGCUCUGAGCACAGCAAAGUUUCAAGACAAGAUUUGGAGCUAUCUGAGCAAGAAACUGUAAAAACUACUCUCCCGAAAUCGUUCUCUCAACCUAUAACAGCACUAGACACACUUGAGAAAGCAAGUAAUUACGGUGAUCAUCUGACAUAUAAAUGUUAUCUGGCACCACGUCUCAGUAAAUCGAAUUAUGCAUUUCAUGAUAUUUACUGGAACUAUGAGGAUGAUCGGCUGAGGAAAAGAAGAGUGCGAGUCAGUAAAAUGAUUAAAGUUAUUCGUUUGGAUAAAGUGCACUUAGAUGCAAUCGAUGUACACUGUCGAUUAGUACGAGCAUAUUUGUUCGAUAUAAAAAGUACUGAAGAAGAAUAUCAAAUUGUGAGUAAUGUCUAUACAAUCAAAGCACAUACGCGUGCACGUCACCCACAAACGUGGACUUUCUCUACAACGAAAGAUAUGCAGAAAAUAUCACUCAGUUAUCCGUCAUUCAUUGUACGUUCGAAUUACAAACAGAAAAGCGUGAUGCUAUGUCUGGAAGCUGCUAUUGUAUUUACUGAUCACGAAGGAGAAAUGUCUGAACAAUCACUUGGCUGUGCUAUGUUAUCGAUUAUUGAUGAAAAUGGACAUUGCUGCAUGAAAAACAAGAAUUAUACCGCAAAGCUGUUUAACCGCAACCUCUUUAACAAAAAAGAAGUAAUCCUUGCAAAUACUCAAAUUCAAAUAACUUUUGGUGUAUCGGAUGUGCCCAACAACAUCGUUCAUCAAGUUGACUCUCUGCCAGACAUUUUUUUAUGUCAUGAACUAUUUUUGCCAAUGUUUUUCUACUAUCGACGUCUGUUGGGUCAAUUUUUGACAAAAGAUUGCGAUAAUUGUAGUAAUUCAGCACUUAAGGCGGAACCAUUUCUUGCUACGUUUCCGGCCAUCGCUGAUCAGCCUGAUACAAUGGAAAUGUUAUGGCAACUUUGGAAAAUUCAUAAAAAAAAUGUAAUUAAUAGAAAGCUUUCCGAGAUGGAGGAAGCGGAACGAUUCCGUUCAUUCUUCCUAACAACUGGGUUCCUUUUACACCAAACAGUUGACAUGCCUAAAUUUAAUUGGGCCGAUGUUCGAUGCUUCACCGAUCGACAGGCAAAACUGAGUUAUUUUCGAGAACAAUAUUUACAUAGUUUUGAUGCUAUUAAAUAUCUCAGCAGAGAGCGUUGCCAUCCAAUUAACAUAUACAGUUAUGCAUUGGAUAUUAUUGGCCCUCAUGCUAUCAUUUGA